AACACCGCGUUCUCAGCGCACCGCCUGGGAGGGGACCGAGCCUGACACGGCACAGCAUGGUGUGGAGAGGGCAGUCCCACAAGCCCUGCAGCUGCAAUACAAAAGCACCAAAAGCCACAGGUGUCCCGUCAGGCAGCCCCAUGCUGUCCGGCCUCAAAAAGCUGAGCCUGCGAAUCCUUCAGGAUUUUGGUGGCAGCAACAGCUCCUUGGAAAAAACCUCCCAGCUACAGGGAGCAGGGCUGCACACAAGGACUGGAGAGCUGUGGGUCCAGCACCAACAAGAACGUGGCAAUGCGGGACGGACCAAGGAAUCAAAGCUGGCGGCACUUUUUGAGCAUCCUCUUUACAACAUUCCAAUCCCAGAGGUGACAGAGAAAGAUAAGCUGUUUGUCGUCAACCCCAUGGAGAAGUUCAGCCUGCGCAGCAGCAAGAGUGACGAAUGGGUCAGCAGCAGUAAAGCCGAGACGCUCCUCCCGACAGGGAAGACGGCCUAUGACACCUACCCCACCUGGCUCAAAUUCCAUGUUGGCAUCAACCGCUAUGAGCUGUACCCCCGCUGGGACCCCCUGUUGCCCACACUCCUCCAGGACUUGGCCACACAGAGGAUCAUCAGCUCAGUCCAGAAGUCUGGCGGGACCCAGCUCAAGCUCAUCAUGACGUUCCCAAAUUAUGGGCAGGCCCUCUUCAAGCCCAUGAAGCAGACCCGGGACCAGGAGACCCCUGUUGAUUUCUUCUACUUCUCGGACUUUGAGCGGCACAAUGCAGAGAUUGCAGCCUUCCACCUGGACAGGAUCCUGGAUUUCCGGCGAAUCCCCCCAGUUUCUGGCCGUUUGGUGAAUAUAACAAAGGAGAUUCGUGACAUCACCACAGACAAGAAACUGGCUAAGACUUUCUUCAUCUCCCCAGCGGGUAACAUCUGCUUCUAUGGGGAGUGCUCCUACUACUGCUCCACCGAGCACGCCCUCUGUGGCAAGCCGGACCGGCUGGAGGGCUCCAUGGCUGCCCUGCUCCCUGACAAGACCUUGGCCAAGCGCCGCUCCUGGCGCAGCCCCUGGCGCCGCUCCUACCACAAGAGCAAGAAAGCUGAGUGGGAGCUGAACCCCAACUACUGCGCUCGGGUGCGAGAGACGCCGCCCUACGACAGAGGCCAUCGCCUCCUUGACCUCAUUGACAUGACGAUCCUCGAUUUCCUUAUGGGCAACAUGGACCGGCACCACUACGAGACCUUUGAGAAAUUUGGGAAUGACACCUUCCUGCUCCACCUGGACAAUGGCCGCGGCUUUGGCACACACUCGCGCGAUGAACUGUCCAUCCUGGCCCCCCUCCAGCAAUGCUGCAGCAUCAAGAAGUCAACCUACCUGCGUCUGCAGCUGCUGGCCACCCAGCCCUACCGCCUGAGUGACCUGCUGCGGGAGGCGCUGGCCACAGAUCCACUGGCCCCUGUCCUGGCUGAGCCCCACCUACGGGCGCUGGACCGUCGCCUGGGGAAGGUGCUGGUGGAGGUGGGACACUGCCUGGCCAGGGCAGCCCACCCGGAUGAGGUGCUGGUGGAUGAUGUGGGGUCAUGGGUGUGAUGGGGGGCUGGGUAUCCUGCUGGGUUGGGGUAUGUUUGGGUGCUGCCAAGGAUGAUAUGGGAUCAGCAUGCAGCUCUGACUUUGUGUAGUGUCGGCCUUUUGGCAGUGCCAAAGCUGGUGGUGUGAUGUACCAGGAAAGCAGGUCGUAAGGAUAGCUGGGACAGGGAGAGAUUUUAAAUAAAAAGGUUGGCCUAGUGGAGAUGAC